AAUUAGAAAAAGAAUUAGAAAAUCUUAAAAAACAAAAUGAGCAAUUACAAGAAACACUUCAAAAAAAUCAAUUAUAUUCAAGAAAGUUCUUACCUAUCAUUACUACCGUUACUUCUGAUUUAAUACAAAAUCAUAUACUAAUUAUUAAUAGAAUUUUUAAAUCACCAAAUGUUAAUUAUAUAAAUAUUUCUGAAACUCUACAAAUUUCAGAAAAUAAAUUUUUAUCUUAUAAGAGUGAUAUUCGUGAUUUGGUAAAUUCAGGUCUUUUAGAUUUAUCAAAAACUUGGAAGGAUCAAGAACAAUGA